AAGGAAGGUCCUACCGUAAUAUACUACUAAUAAAGGUGUUACAAUGAGUUACAUUUCGAACUAUUCAUGGGUGCUUCUACUUUUUAGGGAGGGAUUUAAACAUCGAAAGGUUGAUGAAAUGCUCAUCGCAAAAACACUGCAGCUGACACUUGCAAUAUUAAAACCAGAUGUUGUCAAGCAUCCUUAUAUUGUCCAGGAGAUUCGAGAGUUGAUUCUGGCCAACAAGUUUUAUUUUGUGAAGUCAAAGUUGAUGCAUUUAACCAAACUACAGGCAGCUGAGUUCUACAAGGAACAUGAUGGAAAAUUCUUUCAGGGUCGUUUGAUAAACUUUAUGACCAGAACAAGCUGUUGUAGUCAUGCCUGUCAUGAGCGCAGGUGUCUGCUUAUGCUGGCUCCUUCCUUCAGGACAUUAAAGAGGUUGGGGUUGGUGGGAGGAAGGGACCGCCCACGCUUGGCAAGUGCAAGCGAGCACAAGCAGCCCAACAAGAGUCAGUAGUGGGAACUUCCAGUUGAGACGCGUAGCAGAGAAGUUGUGUGAAAACUUCACUCUGUUGUUCUAGGUCAAAAAAUGGAUUGAGUUGCGACCCAACAUAUAUUAUAUUGGUAUGUGGUGUGUGUGGACUUUACAAGCUGGACUACAUGUACUAGUUUACAGGAGCUGAAUAUUUGUAAAAUUGUUUCCAAGUGACAAUGUAGCUGGACAAUAACACUGGAAUUUUUGUAUCGUGUGGUACAUGGAAUGUCAUGUGUAGACAAUUAUAGUACUGACCUAAUUUGCAUUUAUAAACAUUGAACAUCGAAUGAAAAUUUCGGUAUACUUGAACAUUGGUCCAAUAAUGUAUCUAUGGUAAAAUACAUAUAAAACUAAAAAAAAAUAUAUAUAUUUAUUUUAAGGUGAGUCAAUUGAAGGGUUUUUGUUUGUUUUGUUUUUUGUUUUUAGGACUAGUUAAAAGCUAGAUUUUCUUUUCAAACAAUGCCUAACAUUAUGUGUAAUGUGGAAUGUCAUGUGUAGACAAUUUCAGUAUUGACCUAAUUUGUACUUAUAAACAUUGAACAUUGAAUGAACAGUUUUGGUAUACUUGGACAUUGGUCCAAUAAUAUAUCUGUGGUCAAAUACAUAUAAACUGAAAUAUAUAUGAGGCGUCACACGCGAAAACCUACAACUUAGCAUGACAUCAGAAACCGAGUAAACGCAGCUCAAAGUUUGAUGUCACAUGUAAACGCGGAAGUAAAAGUUGACAUGCUGUUUGCAUUGUUCGUUUUGAAGAAUUUAGAAGAUGACAUCUUCUUCUUUACAUGAAAAUCAGUUUAAAGUAAACAUAUCUCUCUAUGUACAAUAGUGUUUACCGGUAGUUACUAUUUUGUAUUUUGUACCUGAGAACAUUGGUCGAGAUCAUUAGCGAUACCAUCAGUACUUUGAUACUCAUUUACAAGCAUACGGAGAAGUCUAUAUAUCAAUAUGGUAUGCAAGGAUCACAUGUUUUUAUAACGUACAUGAUUAUACAUAACAUAAAGUUCAGCAUACAAGUUAUAUACAAUAUUCAUAAGUUAGACCAUAUACAUCAAAUUAGGAUCGUAUCGGGUUGCAUGGGUCUACCAUUCGGUUAGGUCUACCUGUUCUGUGGACUACAAUCAACACCACUAUUUCUACUCCUAUUUCUAUUUAUAAUCUAAAUACUGAAAACUAAAUCAUUUCCUAUAAAUAUAUAUAUCUGUAACAAUACUACAUUUUUAGCUAUUUAUUUUACCAUCAUUUGCAAACACAUUUACUGUCAUCUGCAAACACAUUGCGGUACGGUAACAGAAACGUUUCAUUUAUAUCCCUUUAUUAUACGUCAUGAUGUCAUUGCAUAAGCUGGUCUAGAGAUUAACAUGCGGAGGUAUAGUAGAUCAAUUCUCGAAAGGUUGUUUCUCCCUCAACCAAUUUUAUUAUUAUUAUUAUUGUU